AUGUUGGAGCGGUGGCCAAAGGCUAAGAGAUCGGGGUCGCGUGGCGAGACGUCCAAGGAGCUGUCGGAGCAGGGCCAUGCCACCGUCACUGCCAAGGGAUCCGGCGUGCCGCGGUCCAGCGAGCAGGAAAGGUGCGCCGAGAUGCCAGCGACAUCGGCACAACAUCGGUCGGUGGUGGCGGCGUUAUGCUACGCCGCAGUGGCCGGGUCCGAGACCAGCCCAUCGACUAGCGCCGUGCCUGCGAAGGAGCCCAUGAAGACGUCGAGCCCAAAUACCCCGCUGGACUACGGCGUCGGUGGGUCCGGCGCGCCGUCGAGCGCGGACGACGCGGCGCUGGUGCGGUCGUAG